UCUCCAAGCCUUGUGAGAUGGUGUUGGGUAGGGACAGGAACAGGGACAGAGACUCUAUCCCCUGCUUCACCUGUAGCCUGGAUACACCUGUGUGUGCUGUGGGGCAGAAGGCAUGCAAAUAGGCUGAGAGAGGGAGUGCAAAGACAGCUGCUGAUUGGCUGGAGGGAGAGGCUGUGCGGUUAGUUAGGGCACAACAUUGUAGGUUACUUACUUGCAGGUGAGGAGAUUCAGGUGUGUUCAGUCCAAGCACAGAGGAUACAAAGCAACGAGCUCUUGCAGUGAUUUUGGUCAACAGCUAUUCUCUAGUAUAGUUUUUGUGGGGGAUUCUCUACAGUGCUUGAGCAUGCAGGGCCAUUGGGUUCUGCUAGCUCUUUGCUGGCUGGAGCAGCUGUGUGUGGCUCAGAAUUUGAGGCCUCAGAUUGCAAACCCCAAACUUGCUACAAACAAUCCUACCCUUACUACAAUUGCUCUAGAGAAACCUUUCUGUGUGUUUGAUGAUUCACUGUCUCCAGGUAGCUCCUAUGUGGUCUACUUGUAUGCAAUGGCUGACUCUGCAAGCACUGUAAGCUCAGCUGUGACUGACAACAGCAGCAAACCUCUCAACACCACUUUCCAAGACACCAACGGAGGACAACUUGGACCUUACAGGGCUGCACUGUUUAAUGUGCCCAAUUGUGAAUCACCCCCCCUGCUGGCUGAUGUAAAUGUGAAAAAAGUUUCAGAUGUCUUGAAACAAUACCUCUUCAGAGUGGGAGAUGAUGUGACUUGUUUAUAUGACCCAAACUUCCCCGGUGCCUGUAACCCACCUCUUGCUGAAGAUACAACAUACAGGUUUAAGUACCUCUUAGUAGAUGUGGUUGCAGGUGUUGUGAAAGACCAAACUCUUUGGUCUGAUCCAAUGAAAACCCGUAGGGUAAAACAGUCUUCAACAAUUGAUACCUGGCCUGGGCGAAGGAGUGGAGGAAUGAUUGUUAUCACAUCAAUCUUAAGCACUUUUAUGUUCCUUCUAGUUGUUGGAUUUCUUGCCUCCAUAUUCUUCUUUGUCAUCAGGGCAUCAGGAGAGACAUCCACAGAGACCACACAUGAGUCUCAGACUACCCAGCAGGCUGUACCAAGAUCUCAGGGUAGCUCAGAGGGAGUGAACCAGUGAGCCUUGAGAGAAAGAAGAGUCCACACUCUGGCUGAACUUCAACUGAACAGCUACAACUGUACUGAUAUUUAAGAGUUGCCCUUUUCUACUGAACUCUGAAUAGGUCACAUUGAUUAGAUACUAAAGUUCAGUAAGUGAGGCUGAAUGGCACAGGUGUUCUGUACAUAUAGUGUUCUGUCUACUCCUACAGAGCAGCACCACUAUCUUCAUUAGGUUGCUGCCACAAGUUAUGGCAGCAAGUAAUCUUGUCAUUAGGCUCAUGGUACUUCUAUCCUCCAGUUAACUCAUUUGUGGUUGCAUAACUCCAAAACUGAGGAGUGGUAGAGUUCUGCACUCUAGAGUGCAGUUCAUAGUCCUCAGUGACUGCCUGGUGUAGUGGGAGGAGAGAGAAAAUGACCAAGUGUAUUACUCGGCUCCUUGGAGCUAAGAUCAAAAGCGUAGUGUCUGUUCUUAUCAGUUUAAUAUCUGAUAGGUCCUUUAUUUGUGGGCUAGAGUAACAUACUGAAAACUUUCAAGUUUGCUGGCCAGGGCUAGGGCUAUUUAGUACAUAAUUAUCCUUGUUUUAUAGGUUAGAAGCUAAAUAAGUUCUAAAGCUGAGCUCAACCUUUGACUCUUAUUUAGCUUCUUUUAUUUAAAUGAGAAUGUGAUAUAGGUAAGGAAAGGCUUCAGAUGGAGAACAGUACUUAAUAGUAUAUGCAGUCUAACAGCUUGAUAGCAGCUGGCUCUUCAGUUAGCACCCUAUUAAGAACACAAACUUAGUACCAAACUUUCAUUUAAAGCAGGGUAGAGGCAAACUAACUAACUGCUAGAAACUACAAAUGAGGGAUAUGGAUGCAUAUGGCAUCAGCAACUUUCACUGCUCUGCACAGCCCCCCACCCCAUUGUUUAAAAAUAAAAAAUGUUGCUUCCCUGCAAAGGCCAGACUUCAGGUCUCUAGUUCUAAAUACCUCUGGACUAGUAUUUGUAUACAACACUAAAGCAUCUCUCUCUCUUAGAGCUUAGCAACCCUACUUCUUAUGGAAGUUGUUAGUGUCCAACUCCCUAGAAAACCUGUGCUGUAAAUAGUCAGAGAGCUUCUAUCCUCUCUAUAAGACUAGUGUUCUCAACUAAAAUAUUGGCUGGAAGUUAUGUUGCCUGAGAAACAGUCACUUUUAAUGAAAAGUGGGUGAUAGACUGUGUAGCCUCUACUAUUUAGAGCAGGGAUAUCCUUGACACUUCAUACACCAUGACGGCAGAGGGUUGGCUGGUUCCAUCAGCUGCUAAUCCUACUAUGCUAACAUGAACUGUUCAAACAGUGCAUUCUCAACUUGUACUGCUGGAAGUAAACUUGUCAUGUAUUUCUUUCCUUCACUAACAUUCUGUCCCACUAACCAGUAUAAGUGGAAAAAUUAUACUAACAUUGAGUUUUGCCUUCCCAAGUUGCACUGAAUGGGUCUAGCUUGAAACUUUCUUGUAAAUUGUGUAUAUGAGCAACUCCUACUGUACUCAACUAAGUAUUCAUAACAUUUACAUAGCUGUCAUUGACAUAAUACAUUUGUCAUAGACUAGUGCUGAAGUCAGUUUAAGCCUGUCUCAGUUUAGCAAAUAUCAGUCUUUAUGCAGCCACCAGUAAAAUGGGUGGCUAAUAAACAUCACUGGCACAAUUACCCAAGUCUUUGUUAAUCUUCUAAUAUGCUGUUUUCUUUCAGUAUAUUUUUUUCUGGUUUUCAACUGUUAAACUCCCUUAGAAAAGUGUACAAAGGGCAUUCUUUUAAUGUAAAACUUUACCAUAAUAUGUUUCUUCCCAGA